AUCUCUCCGCACGGACGCGCCAAGGGACAUUUAAGAAGAGUGUGGCCCCAGUGUCAGGCAGAUCAUCUUAUAUCGGUGGAUUAUAUCGGAUCUGAGUGUGGAAAGAGGAAUCGACAUGCAGUACCAGCACCCCAGCUCCUCAGCUCUGGGGCUCAGUGUCCCCCUGUUCGCUCCCACCCCUCUGCAGCACCCAACUCCCUUCUACAUUGAUGAUAUCCUGGGAAGGAACAGCGCAUCUAAUGGGACCCCAGCCUUACCCACCCCAACCCUGCCAUCUCCCAACUCAUCCUUCACCAGCCUGGUGGCUACUUACCGGACUCCCAUCUAUGAGCCUACUCCCAUUCACCCUGCCUUCACCCACCCAGGGGCAGCCCUAGCAGCUUCCUAUGGAGCCAGCACCUAUGCCUCCCCUCUGUACCCCUUCUCCAGGCCAGUCAGCGACUACACCCACGCCCUCAUCCGACACGACUCUCUGGGCAAACCCCUGCUCUGGAGCCCCUUCAUCCAGAGGCCUCUGCACAAGCGGAAAGGAGGACAAGUGAGGUUUUCCAACGAUCAAACCAUUGAGUUGGAGAAAAAAUUCGAGACGCAAAAAUAUUUAUCGCCCCCUGAGAGGAAGCGACUGGCUAAAAUGCUGCAGCUCAGCGAGAGACAGGUCAAAACCUGGUUCCAGAACAGAAGAGCCAAAUGGAGGCGUCUCAAGCAGGAGAACCCACAGGGAAAUAAGAAAGACGAAACCGAAAGUCUAGAAAAUAUCUGCGAAGAGAGUCAGGAGAGGUGUUUGAGCGCCGAGCAGAAGAGCAGAGAGUCCUCCCUGGAUGAUCCCACCUCGUCGCCCACCUCUCAAGGGAACCUGGAUUCGGAGGUGUCUGACGAUUCCGACCAGGAGGUGGACAUUGAAGGCGACAAAGGAUAUUACAACUGUGCACAUUAACAAAAUGGACCUCUAUUCAGCUUGCACUUUAACAGAAGCUGGACCUAGCUCCCUGGAGACUUGGGUUAAGGCAGGGUUUGUCAGACUUUUUUUCAGUUCAAACCCCCAUUGGAGUCCCAACCCUUGUUCAGGAACCCCUUAGUUCAUGACAAUAUUACAGAUAUAGUAAAACAGCAGUGUAUCAGUCAUUCAACCAUAAUUCUAAAAAUAUUUACACAAAACUAAAUUUUCACCCCUUCAUCCAAUUUAACCUUCAAGGUGGAGGUUUUCUAGGAGAGUACAUAGGCAUUCUCCUAAAUUCUCACCCUAACGGGCCUUGUGGCCUAUGCUUAGUGUCGGACUGGGGUGUCCGGAGUCCACUGGGUCGUGAGCUUCAGCUCCUUCAAACACUGCCCCUCCUUUUGGCUGCGAUCUGGGUCGGCAGGAACUGCAGGGGGCCCAAAGGGACAGUCCAACCCUCGCUAUGCUUCAAUCUCCUCCCAGGGAUGGCAGUCCUAAAGUUUGGGAACCACUGAGUUAAGUGGAUGCAAAGGACAUUUUAUAAGCGACGAUGUCUGAUCAUGGUCAAUGUUCUAUUUCAAAUUUUGUAUUUAUCAUAAAAGAUAUUACUGUAAUAUUUUGACUAAUUGCACAAUAUCACUGAUAUUCCCAAGUGCCUUUUUUUUUUUAAAAUACAGGCAGAUAGGAAUAUCAUUGUGUAAGAAAGCUCAGAUUAUAUUGACACCCAAAAAUGAAGGAAGAGACAAUGUUGUCUAUAAAUUCAAGUGCAUCUCAGGUUGGGGGUGAACAGGCCUAUUGUUUGAGUGGCUUGGGAAUUCCCCUAUGUACACAAGUAAACUGUCAAUCAUGGAGGGUGCACAGCCAAUGAGGUUGCAACAGGCAACCGAUAAUCAAGGACCAAAUGGAUAGACCUUUCAUGGAGUAUAGUUCAUAUUUGCUUAUUGCUCCACUUUCUAUAAAUGAUAUGAAUCUAUUGUUGGGUCUAUUUGGAACGGAAAGAUAAAUAUUAAAAGAAACGUAAUUUUGCAAUAAUAAAAUUUUUACACAUUUGUACAUAAUUUUUUUGUAAAUCCCAAGUGCAUUUAGAAAAUUGCCAAAUAAUGAAUUUGAGUUGUUUUUUUUUUUUUUAACAAAGGGAGAUCUAAAAUGAAAUGUUAUCAUACGAUUUUUUUUUUUAUUGUGAAUAUGUAAUAUAUUCUGUCGUUUUUGUAAAUGGCGUGUGAUGUUAUACCUCAUGUUGUCUUGUAAAUAUAUUUUCACUGUCCAAGCAAAAAACAUAUUUAAUUUUGUGUCUAAAAAAACCCCAUGUAAUAAACCAAAAAAAAUCGA